AUAUGUAGCGUUAUUACUAAAGUCAACAAUAUUCAUUUAAUAAUAAAUAAAAUUAUCGUCCCAGAAUACCGUCCAUAUUACGCGCUUGUGACAAAAAUGUGAGUUUUAAAGAUUCUACGAAAUAUUUAAGUCCACUCCCAGACACAAUGUCGAACUAUGCUAAAUUAAAAAAAUUGGAUGAAGAGUCGCUCCAGCAAUUAAAAGAAGGAACAGGACCAGUCGACGAGUGCAUCUGUUCCAUGUUUCAUGAGGAGGAACCGAAGAAGAGCUUGGCGACGUUUGUGAAGAAGGCGCUCAGGAUGUCUUCCUCGAAAGCCAAAGAAGCAUAUUUCAAACUACGUCCGGACGAUACAAAGACUAUGAAAACAGGAAUUCAUUCAGUAAAGGAGGAAGUGAAGAGAGACAAGCCAUGCGGUAAAUGUGGAUGUGACUCAGAGAAGUUCGUGCUGAAGCACACGUACGCCAACAUCCGUGUGACGACUCCUGACAUCUCCUCCAUCUGCCCUUGCUCGUCUGACUGCUUGCCAAAUAAAGACAAGCUUUCAAACAUUAAAGUCAUCGUGGAGAGAGCUGAUGUGAGUGAAGUCAAGAUACAGGAUCUCUCGGCGCAGGAUCACCAGGAUGAGAAGUGAAGUGGACAUUAGUUUGAACACAUUUCUUGAAGAAUUGGUAGAGAUUUUGCAGAAAGUUUUUUAAUAAUUGUAUUAAAUAUGUGGGCUUAAUAAAGCGAGUUAUAAACCA